AUGUACUUUGACCUGGAGAACGCAGCGGAAGCUGAGGAAGACUUCUUCACAGCGCUUGCUCUUCUCCAUUCGACAGAUGAGGAUUCGGCGGACAAAUUGCGCCAGAUGCUGGACGCCUCGAUAGUGAAAAAACACGGUCUGGACAAGAGCCUGGCAGUCAGGAUGCGGCGGGAUUCGUUAUCUCUGUUUUCGGAAGAGACGUGUAAGAAUACCAACGAACGGGAUAUCAACAUAGACGGAUCGAACGGGAAGGGUCAUGCUUUUCGGAGGAACGUUAAAACGCGUGCUUCCAGCCCGAGUGUGGAAGUUGUAACGGCAAAGAUUGGCUCUAGCAUGACGAACGUUCUCGUCGCCGUCGACAAGAUGGACAUACCGACGAUUUCGAUACCCGACGAAGGCUCCAGUGCCGGUGACGAUGCUCUCUGCAAGAUCUGCAACGGGGCGAGACUGGGUCCUUUGAUUCUCCUGGAGUGCCAAGAAUGCCAGGAUGUCUACCAUCCUCUUUGCCAUCAGCCGCCAGUCCUUGACCUUGACAUUUAUGACCCGCGGUUGGUGUGGCAUUGCGCCAAGUGCGUCGAGCUUUCGGAGGCCACGGCGAUCAUCGUCGCUGCAGGGCUUGAAGAUAAGAAAUUUCAAGUCGAUGAGGAGAGGGUCGAUACUCGUUUUGACGAACAGGUCAAUUACUUCAGGCGAACAAAAACACGGCUUGACGGUCAGGAGGAUUCGAUUUCUGAUCAAUUUCCAUUGCGAAAUACACCAAGCACCGGUAGGCUAUCGGCAAAGAAACAAACAAGUACGAUAUAUCACAACAAAUCUCACUAUCCCAAGUACCUCGGUUCAAUCUUAUACCGCGAAAAUGUUGAUUUAGCGAUAAAAUGA